AUGCUUCAAGUGAACAUGAGUGCCACGGCGCAAAUGUUGCGCGAGGUGGUCUCGAGCUCGAGGCAUUUGGAGGAGUAUGGUAAGCAGCGACUGGCAGCGCUCACGCACGAGUUCUGUCCAAAGGGCCUCACUGGGAAGGAGUACCCAGUCACAGUGCAUCCGGCCGUGGAUACUGUCCAGACAGUAAAACAGGCCAUCCGAGCAAAGUACGAUUGCCAAAGCUGCAUCGUCAAGCUGUGCACAACGACGGAUGGGAUGGUUGAGAUGAAGGACACGCAUCUCCUGAUGGACUACAGCCUUCACGAAGACAUCACGCUGAUACUGGUGGACAGUCUGGUUGCACACCCCUUGGUCCGCCUCACCUUCGACGACCCGGAGAACCUGGGCUAUGAAGGCAUCAGUGGCUCCUCUGGCACCAUCCACAACCCGGAUGAUGUCACAGCCAUCAACACGGGCGGGAAGCGCGGCAUCAACUUCGACGGACGUGGAUGCCUGCUGCUUCCGCAGACGGUGCAGCUGGGAUCUGAGUGGACAAUUUCCGUUUGGACUCUGGCGCCGAUCGACGUCAGCGCGCGAACGUACCGUGACCUCCUAGAUUCGCCGAACUCGCAAGAGCUUAUCGCUGUGAUCCUCGCACGUGGGCGCCUUGGGAACUACAACAGCAACUCCUUCGUGGAGGGCUUCAACGCACGGGACUUGUCUGACGGCUGGCAUCACAUCGCCAUCGUGGGUCGCAAUCGGAGGACGAUGUACUACAUCGACGGCAUGCGCAUUGGCUCGAAGCGUACCCAGGCGCGUGGAACAAUCGGCGUGAUUGGAAAUAGCCGUGGCUGCAGA